GAACAAGCAACGGCUAGCGUGUCCAAGAUUACUUAGCGUGUCUUCAACCCAUCGAUCCGGCCCAAAUUAUUUUUUUUCGAAAAAGUUCUAUGUAAAUUUUUGAAAAUUGACAAACAUCGAUGUCAUGAAAGUAAAAUAAGUUAGCUGAAUUCGUAACGGAUAAAUAAAAAUACUCUUGAGUGAAACAUGGCGGCGCCCAUGAAGCAUAGGCGAUUGAUGCGCACGUAAAGGGCACACGGAUUCACGUGUUUGGGUUAUGAACAAUUUGACGGACUGAAAGAAGUGUAUUUUACGACUUUGACUGUUUAAAUAUUUGAUUGGUGAUUUCUUGACAAGUAUAUUGAUAUUGCUUGCCUCAAAACGCUUCUAAGCGAUAUUGACACCCGGCUAUGACCAUGACGCCAAUCGGUGCUGCACGAGGUCGGAGAAGAAAACCAGCAGCUUGGGACACAACCAAAAGCGAAUAUUUCCUAAAAUGGGAUGCAAUCAAGGGAGAACAGAUUCAGAAGGAGUCACUUGAAUUUUUUAUCCAUGUGAAGGAUAAGCUUGGCAAACCAUUUGAUGAUCCUGAGGAUAAAGCUCUUUUCAUCAGGAAUGUCUUCACCCAAACCAAGGGAGAGGAGGUCCCGCUCAGCAAGAACAGUCUGGCCUCCCAGAUUAUUGAACAACUUAUCCCAGAUGUGGGAGAUGAGGUUCUCCUUGAUUUUUCUGCAGCGAUGGACCAGCAGUUUACAGAUCUCUGCGAGGACCCAUUUGCAAGCCAUGUCCUGCAAGCUCUCCUUCUUAGUAUGACCUGCAGGAUUCAGGCCGGUCAGUCCCCAGUCCAGUUGGCCCUGCAGAACUGGGUGCUGGGCUGCAGCGAGCGGCUCCUGGCGCGGCUCGGCUCCCUCUGCCGACACCAGUACGGCUCUCACGUGGUGCGCACCUGCCUGGAGUGUCUGUCCGGCUGUCGCGCUCCGCAGCUGACCCGCAGUCGGCGCAGUCAGCAGCAGCGCUGGAAGGACCAGGAGGCCGCAGCCGUGACGCUAGACAAGGCCAGGUCGCCGCCAGAGUUUAAAGACAGGUUUAUUGAGAUGGUGAAGGCAUUGAAGAAUGCUGCUGACCUUCCAGAAGGUCUCAGCUCGCCCGACCAGAACUUCUCCGCAGUGAUCCAGGUAGUCCUACACAUUCUACACACCCUACCGAUGACGGUUCUCAGUCGCAAGUUCGUCAAGCGUCUGAUCAAGCUGCGCUUCGGCAGCUCGGCGCCGCACGAUGCGGACGCUCUGCCAUCGGUGUUUGAGAACGAGAGUCAGUUGCGUGUGCUGGAGGCCGCUCUUGCCAGCUGUGAGGAGGCUGAGUUCGGGAAACUGCAGCGGAAAUACUUCCUGGGCCGUCUGUCGGCGCUGCUGGGGGAUAACGUGACGGCGAUCGCCGUGCAGCGCAUGGUGGAGGCGUGUCCGAGCGGCGACCUGCUGGAGCCCGUGCUGGACGAGCUGGAGGCUGGCGAGUCUCCAGCGAGCUGGUGGACCUCGUCUCGUCUGCCGACAGCACUGGCGCAGGCCUGUGUCCGUCUGCACAGUCACCAGAGUCGGCUAAUGAAGCUGGCGGCACGUGUCUGUGACUGCGAGUCGGCCGACCGGUCCUCUCUGCUGGCGCCCUGUCUGCUCUACCGGUGUACGUGGACCGAGUUCGCACGGAUUCAGCACCAGCUGACGUCUGUUGAGAUCUCCAUGGAUGGCUCGCUGCUGGUGCAGGCCCUGCUCAAGUUCUCCAAACCCACCAAGCUGAUCAGCAGCCUGCUGUCACUGCGCGCCGACCAACUGUCGGCCAUCAUCCAAUCACCGGCUGGCAGUCACGUGAUCGACGUCCUGAUGACGUCACCGCACAUGGGCGACAAGGGCAAGAGCCGUCUGCUGGAGAGUCUGAAGGACCAGCUGGUGCCCCUGGCUUGCUCUAAGCACGGCUCGCGCGCGCUGGACGCCCUCUGGGCCUCGGGCAGCCCAGCCCACCGCUCCUUCAUCGCCGAGACGCUGGCUCCGCACCAAGAGCAGCUCAGACAGGACUUUUUCGGUAGAUUCGCCGUGCGCAACUUCGCCCUGCCGCUGUUCUCCAAGAAGCGUGCCGAUUGGACGGCUUACGUCAAACGGGAAGCCAACAAGCGCAAGAUGUUCGCCGACCUGCUUCCGUCGUCAACCGGCGGUGGUAAGCCCCCGACGGCAGAGGCAGGGACGCGGCCCGGCCGGCCCGGAGGAGGCGGCGCCCCCAAACGGCCCCGGCACCAGCCGCCGGCCGCGGGCGACAGUCUGCUUGUCAUCGACCGACGCGGUGUGCAAGGUGUGCUCGAUGAUCUGGAAUAAACGCGCUGACGCCCCGC